AUGGCUGACGCAAGACAGGUGAUGGUUGCUACAAGUGGAUUUGGGGCUGGGAUCAACUAUGCCCAUUUGCAACUAGUGAUUAGUGAAGGCAUUCCAAACUUGAAGGAAGUCAACAAGAUCUACCAACAAAUUGGACGUGCUGGCAGGGAUGGAAAGGAGGCAAGGAUUGAGUUAAUACCGCAACACAUCGAUGUACCUCAGUUGGACCCAAAGCAAGACCACAAAGAUAUGGAAGAUUUCAAAAGGGCGCUGAUGAAUCUGUUGAACUUUGUCAAAACUUUACAAGUUUCAGCUACUGCAGCCAAUCAAAGCAGCUCAGCCGUAAUCUUGGGUAGCAUCACUAAGAGGAGAUUGAAUGAACUGUUGGCCAGGAGACAUAGGAAAUGGACCAAGUGGCACCAACACUACAGAGAGGAAUUUGAGCUUGACUGUAUCAGGACUGCAUGCAAGAGGCAAGAGACCAUGAUUUCCGGAUGA